CAGCUCGCCUCGCCGUCAUAUCGUUCGAUCGAGAUGCUGCCCGUCCAGAUUGGCCAACUGGCCGAUGAUGGAGAUGAGGCAAACAAGGCGUGGACAGGGGAGAAGAGGCGCCGCAAGCACCUGCCCCCAUCAUCUUCCGAUGCUCCUGCCACUGCCCAAGACCAUGGAGACCCAAUUUCUCAUGCCACAGACAUGGAGGACACCAUCCAAGGGGCCCAAGAUCGGAUUCCUCAUGCGACAGACAUGGAGCUGCUGCUCAGAACAGAUUCGGCACAAGAAGAAAGCUACGGGCCGGACUCCCUUAUCAGCGAGGAAGACCAUGGAGACAUGGAGGGCACCAUCCAAGGGUGCCAAGAUCCGAUUUCUCAUGCCACAGACAUGGAGGACACCAUCCUAGGGGGUCAAGAUCCUUUUCUUCAUGCGACAGACAUGGAGCUGCUGCCCAAAACAGAUUCAGCACAAGAAACAAGCCAGGAUUGCUUCGGGCCGGACUUCCUCAUCAACGAGGAGGACGAAACCCGUUUUGCCCAACGUUUGCGUUCCAACAUUCCUAUUCCUCGUACUAACCUGCCACUUUAUAUUACAUGGGAGGAAGAAGACAAGAUAGAAGCGCGCCUUGCACGCCUUCGCAUCGCUUAUUACAAGGCUUUGAAGCCGGAGUGCGCACGUGAACUUGAGCUUAAGGAACCAGAAGAAUACACUGAUGAUGAACUUGGUGAGGAGUUGUACUUUAAGCGGUUAGAGGAGGAUGAAAGUUUUGAGUGGUUCGUACAUCCUGAUGACACCUAUAAAGCUGGAUUGAAUGACUACCAACGGAUUGCCCCUCGUAAUUUUCUGCCUUAUAGUGGUCGGAACCUGUACCGCUAUCACGACGAGUACCGCUCACGUUAUCAUAAAUAUAAAAUUGAUGAUGUUUAUGUCAAGUACUAUGCAGAAAUUUCAGAGAAAAUCAAGUGGAUUACAGAGUAUUUGCAUCUGGACCGCAGGACGAAGGGUUGGAUAGACAAGGAUACUAGAGCAUGGAGGCAAGCAUUGAAGAUUGCAACUGGCAUUCCUCAUAUGACUGUUUGUUUAGCUGCUUUUGCUUAUAAUGAGUACAUUCUUGAGAUGGAUAAGGAUGCGUCCCUCAAGGACAUAGGUCUUCUCUAUUUUGAGAUCUGGAGGCGUGUCGCUAAGAAAAAUUUAAGUUACAUGGAAGCUGUGAAGGAAGUAUAUGAAAUGGACAAGUUCGAUGUACACAAAAGGAGACUAGAUGGUGAACUGAAAGGGGUUCCUGUCAUUGCAACAAUAAAAGAAUACAUGCACUACGUUGUCCGACAGGGUGGCAUUGAUGCGAACACCGAUGAGGAUAAAGCUCGGGUUGUGUUUAUGACGGUAUCUCUCAGUAUGCAUAAAGCAAUGAACAUGGCUCAGUACGCUCAGAAGAAGUUGGAUUUAGCAGAUAAGCUGAAGUUGGACAAAGAGGGUGGAGUUGUUCUAUGGGAAAGACCCUUCGAGUUCUGA